AUGAGUGAAGAAACAUGCUACGGCCAACUUUCAUCGAUGAUGUCAAAACAGCUCAAAGUAGUAGACAGUCGCAUCAAAUCAAGUACCAAGGAGUUGGAUUGGAAUUAUCUUAAAAGAACUCCCCAAUUUCUCAAACAGAGAAUCAAAUUUGGAAAUGGCUCAUAUACAUCUGAUGAGGAAUUCAAUUAUUUAGAGAAGCAAUUUAAGGAAACGGAAAAGACACUUCAAUCGGUAGAAAAGUAUGUCAAGAUGUAUUCCAAAAGUACCUUAACAUUGUUGGAUAGAAGUACAGCGGUUGGCAAAGGUUAUUCUCUUCUCUAUGAUCCAUACGAAGAUCUAGCGAAGAAGACUGGUGAACAGUCCAAUUCCCAAGUUUUCGAAGACCAAUACAGGAAAUGGCAAAACGUGAACAACUACAUUGAAACAAUAAAUAUGUGCAAAUCUGAAAUUGAGAAUGAAACCAAAACCCUUGCAGCUAUGGUUGAGCUGAAAAUCCAAGAAAUAUACUCAAAUAUAAACAAUAUUCACAAGAAGAUAAGAGUCAGGUCUUAUGCCUUGGUAGACUACGACAAAGUCUACAAUAGUCAUGACAACUUGCUUUUAAAGCAAAAGUCUGGAGAGCUUACUGUUAAGCAGUCUCAGCAAUUGUUCAGUUCAGAGAGAAAAUUGGAAGAGAAUAAGGUCAAGUUUGAUGAGAUUAAUGAUCUCUUAAAAAAAGAAUUACCCUAUUUCUUGAAGUUGGUGGAAUUGAUUUUGACCCCUUUGCAGGAGUACGUCUACUAUGUCCAGCUCAUGAACUACUUUCAAUUUUCAAGCAGAUGCAAAUCGUAUGCCAAUUUCAUCAAUUUGGAUGUCAGAAUCAUUUCGUCUCCCAAUUUCGCAGAUGAGCUUAUGACUCAAAAUUCCAUUGACAGUUUGGGAGCUUAUGACUCCAUUAACCAACUCACUCUAAUCAACUUUAGAGACCGGUAUCUUUCUGAUAUUACUUUGGCUUUAGAACCAGAGAACAGGAACCCCAUUCUCAAGGAGACCAACUCCUACUACUACAUGGCAAAAUUUAACUUUGAGGGACAGCAGGAAGGUGAUCUUUCAUUCAAACAUGGUGAUAUUAUCACGGUGUUAACUAGGAAUGGAAACUGGUGGAAAGGGGAGUUGGAUGGAGUAGUUGGAAUCUUUCCAAGGAACUACGUAGAAGAAUAUUCGCCCAGGGAUUAG